AUGGUGCCUUCAAUUCUCUCGGAGCACACUAAUGGCUAUGCCAACGGCGAUAAUACCUCGAAAUCGAAGAAGGCGACACACCCUAGUCCAUCUGCCUUUGCUCACGUUGUGCUUCGAACAACCAAGGAAAACUACAGAACCAUGGUCGACUUCUACAAAGACAUGCUACAGGCAGAGGUGGUAAUCGAAACGGAGGAAUUCUGCAUGCUGCGAUACGAUUUUGAGCAUCAUAGAAUCGCCAUAGCGCACAUGCCACAGAUCACACCUCAGUCAGCGAGCCCAUUCACUGCCGGCCUUGACCAUACCGCAUUCACCUAUAAAACUCUGACCGACCUGGCCCGGACCUAUCGUGCUCUCAAGCAACGCAAGACGCCUAUCCUUCCUCUCUGGUGUGUCAAUCACGGAAUGACCACGAGCAUGUAUUACCGAGACCCCGAUGGCAACAAGGUGGAGCUUCAGGUGGACAAUUUCGAUACCCCGGAAGAAGCCGACAGCUUCAUGAGUAGUCCGCUGUUCAUUCAGAAUCCGGUCGGAACCGAUUUUGAUCCUGAUGAAUGGUCUAGCAGGGUUUUGGACGCCAUGAAUGUAGACGGGAGUGAGGGCCUUUCAGCAGAGGAGAGAAGGCAGAUCAAAACUAGGGUAGAGAUAGGCUCUCGGCCUUCAGUCCCUGCUUACGUGCAUGGCAUUUAA